GUCAACAUGAAAGAUGGCGACCCACCAUAGACAAAACGCUGCUGGACGGAGGAAAGUCCAGGUUUCUUAUGUUAUAAGGGACGAGGUUGAGAAGUACAAUCGCAAUGGGGUGAACGCGCUUCAGCUGGAUCCAGCCCUGAACAGGCUCUUCACUGCUGGCAGGGAUUCCAUCAUCAGGAUAUGGAGCGUUAAUCAGCACAAACAGGAUCCCUACAUAGCUUCGAUGGAGCACCACACUGACUGGGUGAAUGACAUAGUACUGUGCUGUAAUGGAAAGACAUUGAUAUCAGCUUCAUCGGACACAACAGUUAAAGUUUGGAAUGCACACAAGGGGUUCUGCAUGUCAACAUUAAGAACACACAAGGACUAUGUCAAAGCACUGGCUUAUGCAAAAGACAAGGAGCUUGUGGCGUCUGCAGGGCUGGACAGACAAAUCUUCCUCUGGGACGUUAACACAUUAACAGCACUUACCGCCUCAAACAACACCGUCACCACCUCCUCACUGAGUGGGAAUAAAGACUCUAUCUACAGCCUGGCUAUGAACCAGCUGGGCACCGUCAUCGUCUCAGGUUCCACAGAGAAGGUCCUGCGGGUUUGGGAUCCACGCACGUGUGCCAAGCUGAUGAAGCUGAAGGGCCACACGGACAACGUGAAGUCGUUGUUACUGAACAGGGAUGGCACUCAGUGCCUGUCGGGAAGCUCGGAUGGCACCAUCCGGCUGUGGUCACUGGGUCAGCAGCGCUGCAUCGCCACGUACCGCGUGCACGAUGAAGGCGUGUGGGCCUUGCAGGCUAACGAGGCCUUCACGCACGUCUACUCCGGGGGUCGCGACCGCAAGAUAUACUGCACGGACCUGCGCAACCCAGACAUCCGUGCACUUAUAUGCGAAGAGAAGGCCCCCGUUCUGAGAAUGGAGCUGGACCGCUCAGCAGAUCCUCCUCCCGCCGUUUGGGUUUCCACGACUAAAUCUUCUGUAAACAAAUGGUCUCUAAAGGGAAUGCAUAACUUUAGAGCGUCUGGGGACUACGACAACGACUGCAGCGCCCCCCUCACGCCGUUGUGCACGCAGCCCGAGCAGGCCAUUAAAGGGGGCGCCAGCAUAAUUCAGUGUCACAUCCUGAACGACAAGAGACACAUCCUUACCAAAGACACCAACAACAAUGUGGCAUUCUGGGAUGUUCUAAAGGCAUGUAAAGGAGAAGACCUGGGCAAAGUGGAAUUUGAUGAAGAGAUAAAAAAGCAUUUCAAGAUGGUCUAUGUUCCUAACUGGUCGGUCGACCUUAAAACAGGGAUGUUGACCAUCACCUUGGAUGAGAGCGACUGCUUUGCUGCGUGGGUGUCCGCUAAAGAUGCAGGUUUCACGAGUCAUGGCUCAGACCCCAAGCUAAAUCUGGGUGGUCCUGCUGCGCAGGCUUUGCUGGAGUUCUGGCCACGGACACAUAACCCCAUGGAAGAGGAGGAGGGCGAGGUUAACCAUGCAGUAAACGGGGAACAGGAGAGCAGGGUGCAGAAGGCAACGGCUACUCCAGUGCCCUCCACACACCCGGUGAUCUUCGGCGAGGCAGGUGGAAGGACGCUGUUCAGGUUAUUAUGUCGAGAUUCAGGAGGAGAGACCGAGUCUAUGCUGCUGAAUGAAACGGUUCCGCAGUGGGUCAUUGACAUUACCGUCGACAAAAACAUGCCCAAGUUCAACAAGAUCCCAUUCUACCUGCAGCCCCACUCGUCGUCCGGUGCAAAAACGCUCAAGAAGGACCGCCUGUCGGCCGCGACAUGCUCCAAGGUGAGGAAGGUGAUGGAGCACGUCUACGAGAAGAUCAUCAACCUGGACGCCGAGUCGCAGGCUGCCGUCUCGUCGGGCUCCGCCGAGAAGCCUGGCGAGCAGGAGAAGGAUGAAGACGUGGCGGCAGUGGCCGAGGAGAAGAUUGAGCUCAUGUGUCAGGAUCAGGUUUUGGAUCCAAAUAUGGAUCUGAGGACAGUGAAACAUUUUAUCUGGAAAAGCGGUGGAGAUCUGACUCUCCACUACAAACAGAAGUCCACGUGAGAGUGAUGUGAGGACUACAUGAGCCUUCCUCUUCUUCAGUCCAGCUUCGCUCUCCCCUCAGUUCCACGAACCUGCCCACAUUUUGGGCCACAGGGGACGUGCAAACACAACAGACCGAUCAGACUGCAGCGCUUUAAGAUGGCUGUCGCGGUCUGAGAUUAUUUGCAUGCUAUAGUAAAUUAACCGAGGUCAUUUGUGUUUUGUGUCUGUACUUUUUGUUCGUUUUUCUUCUUUCCCUUUUUGGAAUUUUUAUAAUUGGUGUGAGCGAGGAGGGCUGAUUUGAGAAGAUGGCUGGAGUGCCGCAAGAUCUCAGUGGAUGCUGCGGGAGCUGUGGGUGCGCUCUCUGAGUUUUGAUGCAUUCCAGAAUGUGAUGCUUUACUGGAUCCUGCACUCCGUCCCCUUGCCAUUGCUGAUGAACCACUUAAACUCCCACACGAAUCCCGUCAGUCCUACCACCCUCUGCUGUUCUGCUGUCAUUGCAGGACUUCAUGGCUGGGUUGACAGACAACCUCGCGUCCCACUUCAGCUACUGCCUUUUUCUUUUAACAUGCUGUUAUCCUUAAUUUGGCAUUUUGAUUUGUGAGUAGCCCUUUAUUUCGGUAGAACGCUCGACAUUAUUAUCCUCAGUUUAUGGAAGGUAUUUUUGUAUUAUCUGAAAUUCUCUUGGAGGAAACAGAGAAGUUGCACCUGCAAAGGAAUAUAACCCGCCGUGCUGGUCUCCAUCAGAGCCAGUCGACCCUUUGAAGUGUCAUGCACAAAUACAGAGUCAUCUUUUCUAAAUGGAACAGUACUAUGGUCAGAUAUGCACAAAGGAAGUGAUUUGAAUGUUUUAUAUCUGUUGAAUGAGUGACUAAUGUUUUGACGCUCAGCCAUUUGGUAUGUUGCAGGUCCACUGCUUAUAGGUUUGGGGCACAUGUGUUUGGGCUUCCUUGUAGAAGGUGGCCCUAAGAGGAAAGAACAGCUUCUGAAUAAAGAAAACGUUCAAGUCACUUACAAAUAUAACUGUAGAGGGUGAGACUAUAUUGUAUGUUUGAUAUUAAAGAUAGAAGGUUGUUUUCUCAGUGGCCUAAUACAGGUCAUGCUCCUGGACAUUUAUCGGGUCAUUUUUUUUAAAAAUUGUGUAUGCUUAAGACAGAUUCAGUAGCAACAAAUAUGGCUUUGCUUGUGUAAGUACUUGAUAUUACUGUUUAUGUCAUCAAACCCAAUUCCAGAAGUCUGCUAACCUGUUUAAAAAUGGCAACCAUGUUUAGUAAAUAUGAAAAAACAGAAACAUUACUAGAGAAAGAUUUUUCUAAAUGUUAACUUCCCUUUUGUGUAUAUUUUAUCUGACAUGCUGUUUUCAAGGCACAACCUUACUUUGUCCUUAGAGUUCCAUUUUUAGCUGCCGAUACUGGUUUCACUUCAUUCAACUUAAGUAUGAACUGAAAUUCAUGUAAUUUAUAAAUUAAAAUUUUAUUUGAAAUGCUUGAAUCUAAACAGCCAGUGGUUUCAAGCAGGCAUGUGCCUGUCUUGAUUAACAAAAGCCAUCGUGUUGAGCUCUAAUCGCUACGUGUGUAAAUACAAGGCAAAAGUCAUUUACAAUUGCUAAAGAUCCAAGAGUCAUUACUGUAUUGUUGGAAGAGGCAUUUUCUGACUUACGGGUUGUUGUACAUUUCUAACGCAAGCCAGGAUGGUCUGAGACCAAAUUAUUUUUCACAGAUAAGACAUUUCUCUAGAAAACACCCACCAGAUAUCUCCCUUCCACACACCUGAUGCCUCCAAAUGAAUAAUGACGGUAGCACUAAGAUUGUGAUGCAA